UGGCACCGGAGCAUGGACUUCUAGUCAGUCUGUAUCUAGUCGUGUGUUGUGAUAGUAGAUUGUGGGGAUUUUAAACUGUUUUAAUGUAUUGUUAGGAGGUUAUGUAUGUGAGCUUAAGGAUUAUCCUGAAAGCAAAUAUUCCUGUCUUUUCUCGCUUAGAAACCUUCGGCUCCUCGUAGCGGUGUCAACAUGACCUGGGCGCAGAUCGCUGCCCAAAAUCUGCUGCAGGGUAUCCAAGGUCGGCUCAAGGGCGGGCAGUUCUGUGACGUCAUGAUCUACGUCGAUGACGUGGAGUUCCCGUGCCACCGCGUCAUACUGUGCGCGUACUCGGACUACUUUCAGGCGAUGUUCACAAGCGGCAUGCAGGAGGCCAUCACACAAAGUGUCAAGCUGAAUGACGUGUCGCAUCAGACGUUCUCGUCUAUUCUGGAGGCUAUCUACAACGGCAAGGACAUCCUGGACGAGAGGAACGUCAUCGAGGUGUGGCGCGUGGCCUCCAUGCUGCAGAUCGCCUGCCUGCGUCAGUACUGCGAGGAUUUCCUCGCUGACCACAUCUCCAACGACAAUUGCCUGACCAUAUGGCGGGAAGCCAGGCUCAGCAGUUGUAAGGUGCUUGCAAACGAAGCCUGGAACUUUGUUCACAGAGAGUUCCCUUCCAUCAAAAGCACUGAAGACUUCCUGGCCUGUGACCUAGAUGACAUCUGCCUGAUGGUUGCCAGUGAGGAUCUCAAUGUGCCAAACGAGGAGGAGGUUGUAGAUGCAAUCAUUUUGUGGGUGGGGCAUGAAGAAGCUCGACGUAAACAUCUGUCACGUCUCUUUGCCUUGUCACGUCUCAACUUGGUCAGCGAGGAUUUUAUCCUCAGGAAACUUUUAACGGAGCAGAUGAUCCUAGAGAAUCAGGAGGUGUUAGAGAUGGUGAGACGUAGUCUGGAGUACCACAUUAUACUUGCAAGACGUCAUGACGAGUGCUCACUUAACUCUAUGUAUAGAAGAGCCAGUAAUUUUGACAAUGUCAUGUUAGUUCUAGGGGAAGGAAAAGACAACUUCUACGCCUAUGUAUUUAAAACUGAGGAGUGGUUUCAACUACCGCCACUCCCUGAGGAUAUGGGACUUGGAAGUUCAGCCUGCUCAUACGGGGAUGACAUUUUUGUGGCUGGUGGUAAAAACACAAUGACAGCUCUUUUUCAAUUUGAAACACGUAAAAACUCAUGGCUGAAGUUAUCUCCCAUGAAUGUUGGAAGAAGAAACCACGUCAUAGUUUCAGUUGGUCAUUGUCUCUAUGUCCUUGGUGGUCUCAACAAUGAGGUCACAACAUUAAAUAGUGUGGAAUGUUAUGAUAUAAAUAAAGCUGUAUGGACAGAUGUGGGCUUUCUUCACACAGCUGUAAGGUCAAGUGGUUCAGCUGUCAUAGGAAAUAAAGUCAUCAUAUGUGGGGGUAAAGAAAAUGACACAGUAACAUCCAAAGCGGUGCAGUGUUUCAACACCAUCACACACUCGUCAUAUGUGCUUGGUGAAAUGCCAUCGGAAACGUGUUUACCCAGGACAAUAAUAGAUCUAGGCAAAAUUUAUCUGGUUACUCAGGAAGGAAGUGUUUGGAAAAUGAAACUAAAUGACAGAAGCUCCACCAUCCAUCCAAAGUCACAAUUGUGGGACUUUGCACGUUAUUGGCAUGGUGCCAUUCUACAUGAUGGGGUUGUGUAUAUCAUAGCUGGAGAGACCCCUGAUAACUCUGAGCUACCAGAUGUUUGGCCCAUAGAACUUCAAGGAGUUUUCCAGUCUGUAAGGAACUUAAGGCCUGCCAACAUAACACGAUGUAUGGCCUGUCUACGUACAACAAUAGAAAAAAAUCUGCUGAAAGAUCCUUUAGCUAUGGAUGUUAGCAGGGUGUAACAUUCCUUCAGGAAUUUUUUGUGGAACCUAUAUUUCUAAAAAUAAAAUAGUUGGAUGUUACAGAAGACAAUAUCCUUAACCCAGUGUUUAUUAUCCUUUAAAUAAUAGAAAAUACUUUACUUUGUAAAGAUCUGAAUGCUGCUAAUUGAAUAUUGAAAAUUUUAUAUGAUAGUAAUGGAUUAUGUCCCUUGAUGUUUUUCUUUGUUUAUUUUCUUAAUAAAUCCUUUGAUUGUUGAAAAGGUACUCUACUUUCUAAUAAUAUAAAUUUAACAACAAAUUGAAAAUUGUUAUUUUUCUGAGGCAUCUAAUUCUCUGCAGAUAUAAAGAAUUGUAUUUUAAAAUAUAAACUUCAUCUUCUUUUAUUUUGAAACCAGCAAAGUUGCCU